AUGGCCUCUGCUUCACCCUUUCGCUCCAGAGCCCGAAUGAGCCGUCUCGAUAAGGAUGCGUACAUUGACUAUGCAUUGCUAGAUACGAAAAUCCAACAAGUUAAAGAGCGGCUGAAACGGCCUUUGACAUUUUCUGAAAAGAUUUUAUACGGCCAUUUAGAUAACGUGGAGGAGGCAGAUAUACGGCGCGGUGAUUCCUACCUCAAAUUACGCCCCGCAAGAAUUGCAUGUCAAGACGCAACAGCACAAAUGGCUCUAAUCCAGUUCAUGUCCGCAGGACUGGAUAGCGUCAAAGUUCCUACAACGAUCCAUUGCGAUCAUCUCAUUGUUGCAAAGGACGGAUAUGCAACCGACCUAGCAAAAGCAACAGCCGAUAACGAAGAGGUCUAUAAAUUCCUGGAAAGCGUAUGCAAACGCUACGGUGCAGGUUUCUGGAAGCCCGGCGCUGGCAUCAUACAUCAGAUUGUUCUUGAAAACUAUGCUUACCCUGGUGGGCUGAUGAUUGGAACCGAUUCUCACACUCCUAAUGCUGGAGGAUUAGGCAUGGCAGCCAUUGGAGUUGGGGGUGCGGAUGCAGUGGAUGUCAUGUCUGGGCUGGCGUGGGAGCUGAAGACGCCGAAGGUCAUCGGCGUUAAUUUGACUGGGAAAUUAUCAGAAUGGGCUUCCCCUAAAGACGUAAUAUUACGACUUGCGGGUGAGUUGACGGUGAAGGGGGCAACUGGGUCGAUUAUCGAAUAUUUUGGUGAAGGCGUUAAAUCACUUUCUUGCACUGGAAUGGCGACCAUAACCAACAUGGGGGCUGAGACUGGCGCUACAACCUCUAUGUUUCCCUUCACCGAGGCAAUGGGAGCGUAUCUCGAGGCGACAGGUCGAUCAGAUAUACGAGAAGCAUCUUCCUCCUGGCGGCACCUGCUAAGAGCGGAUGAGGGAGCCGAGUAUGACCGUGUUAUCAACAUUGAUCUGUCGUCGCUUGAGCCAUUCAUCAAUGGACCAUCUACCCCAGACCUUGCAAUACCGCUUACAGAAUUCAAGCAAGCCGUGGCGAAGAGCGACUGGGAUAAUCGAGUCAGCGCUGGACUGAUUGGGUCGUGCACGAACUCCUCCUUCGAAGACAUCAGCCGUGUGGCUCACCUGGCAAAGCAAGCUAUGGCUGCUGGAUUAAAGCCACAAGCACCUCUCUAUCUAUCUCCAGGCAGCGAAGCCACUCGCGCUACUCUCCAAGAUUCCGGUGUACUGGAAGUUUUCGAAGAAGCUGGAGCAAAGUUACUUUCAAAUGCUUGUGGGCCAUGCUGCGGCUCGUGGGAUCGACAAGAAAUGCCAAAGGGGCAGAACAACUCUAUCGUAACAUCGUACAACCGCAAUUUUACAGGGCGACUCGACAGCAACCCCGCGACAAAGAUCUUUCUUGCGUCUCCAGAAACGGUCAUUGCGAAAACAUUUGCGGGCAACCUUGACUUCAACCCAGCCACGGAUUCUAUCCAAACCGCAGCAGGAGAAUUCAGGUUUAACCCACCCCCACAAGUCGAUCUGCCAAUCAAUGGAUACCAAGAAGCCGAUGAUGGAUAUGUUGCACCACCGCCACAAAGAUCAAAUGUUCAUGUGGAUAUAUCACCAACGUCAAACCGUAUACAACGUCUCAAGCCCUUCGCAUCUUGGAACGGGCAAGAUUAUAAGGAUCUGACGGUACUGAUCAAAGUCAGCGGAAAGUGCACGACAGAUCACAUUACCCCUGCCGGACCAUGGUUUCGAUAUCGCGGUCACCUUGAAAAUAUCUCGAACAACACCCUCAUUGGUGCUGUGAAUGCAUACAACCAGAAAGUAAACAUGGUACAGAAUGUCUUUACAGGCCAGAUCGCCGGCGUUCCUGAGACAGCUCGAGACUACAAACAGAGGGGCCAACAGUGGGUAGUGAUAGCUGAGCACAAUUAUGGUGAAGGAUCUUCCAGAGAGCAUGCUGCAUUGCAGCCGAGAUUUUUGAACGGAGUUGCAAUCAUUGCAAAGUCUUUCGCCCGGAUUCAUGAAUCCAACCUAAAGAAACAGGGCAUGCUUCCGCUCACAUUUUCGGAUCCAUCCGUAUAUGAUCGGAUUGCAGCAAGCGACAGGAUAGAUCUGCUGGGGCUGGCUGAGCUAGCGUCUGGGAAGCCAAUUACUAUGGCGGUGAAACCGAGCAAUGGCACCGCUUGGCGGACAGAACUUCUUCACACACUCAACGAAGAGCAGAUUGGCUAUUUCAAAGCAGGGAGCGCGUUAAACUUGAUGGCAUUGAAUGAUGCUUCAUCUUCACAAUCUAAUUAA